UAUCCCCAUUUGAUGCAAAUUACAAGAAGUUUCCAACAAUCAUUAAUGAAGGAAUGCCUCCCGAUUUAACAACCAGGAACCAGAAAACCAACCGUACACUCAUUAAUUAAUCGGUCCGACGUACUGCGCGCAGCACAAAAUGCGAGCUAAUUACCUCGCUUAACUCCGCAUCUACUCAUUAAUCCCCCCCAUUACCGAAAAUCCCUGAAUUAAAAAUCAUUUCUUCCGCCAGUUUGAACUCUUCAAUCUUCUUCCUCUUCUCCUCGCCGCCGGAGGAUUUUCUCACCACAAGUUUGGGAUCUUCUUCUUCUUCCUCCCCGCGUCUCCUUUUCCUCUCCCAGCUCUGGCAUUUGACUGAUCAAUGGGCUAUCUUUCAUGCCGAGCCGAUUCCUCGAUUGCCACCUGUCGCUCAAUCUCCUCCUUCUCCCCCGCCCAAUCGCAGCGUCGUAAGCCCAAGAAUGCACGCAGCUCUAGCGCAGCGGAGCCCGGCGAUGCAGAGAACAACGAGAAAGGGGAGGUUGCCGGAGCUACAUCUCUCUCCCAUCCUCGCAUCCGCAAUUUCUCAUACCGAGAGUUAGAAUCGGCAACCCAGAACUUCGCAGAAGCCGCACUACUCGGCCGAGGAAGCCAUGGCGCAGUCUACAAAGCUGUUCUCCGCUCCGGCAGAUCUGUCGCCGUUAAACGCCCCUCUCGCCGUCCGAUUCCUUCUCCUGCGCACGAAGUUGACAACGAGAUUGAGAUCCUUUCCCAUAUUCAGAACCCCCGUCUUGUGAACCUUGUCGGCUUCACCCCGCCCGGCGGGAAGAAGGAGCGGUUACUUGUUGUUGAGUUCAUGCCGAAUGGUACUCUCUACGAUCUCCUCCACUCCAACCAUCGCCCUCCAGGAUGGGCUCGCCGGCUACGCCUCGCUCUCCAGACGGCGAAAGCCAUCCUCGCGCUUCACUGUUCUCAUCCGCCGAUUAUCCACCGCGAUGUGAAGUCGGCGAACGUGCUUCUAGACGAACGGUUUAAUGCGCGUCUCGGCGAUUUCGGUCUCGCUCUCAAAAGCGAUGGAGAUGAGAACGAAGCCGGCGGAUUCAAUUCCUCUGUUCGAUCCACACCGCCUGCAGGGACUCUAGGGUACCUCGAUCCCGGUUACAUCACGCCGGAGAAUUUGAGUACCAAGACCGAUGUUUUCAGUUUCGGGAUUCUUCUGCUCGAGAUCAUCAGCGGUCGUAAGGCCAUUGAUGUAUCCCACUCACCACCAUCUGUUGUUGACUGGGCGGUGCCGCUCCUUAAAAAGGGGAAGAUCUUGGCGAUCUUUGAUCCGAGAAUUACUCCGCCGAGAGAUCCACUGGCUAGGCGGCAGCUUGCGUUACUUGCUUCUAGUUGCGUUCGAUCAUGCCGGGAUCGGCGGCCGACGAUGGUGGAGAUAGUUGAGCAACUCAAGAUUCUGAAUCGGACUGUGCCGGCUAGGGUUUGGACUGUGAGCGCUCCAUGCUCUGUUAUCGAUACAGAGAGUACACUUGUGAAGCUUAGAUUUGACAGGCGGAAGGAAAGAGAAGAGAAUCCUGCGAGGACAAAGAAAUCUCCAGCUUCUUUUUCCUCUUGUUCUUCCUCUCCUCCUCCUCCAUCCAGUACUCUUCCUCCUUUGAGGAUGGUGAAGUCUGCUGCAAAUGGUGUAGUCGCCAUUGGAGUUGACAGAAACAAUGAAUUACUUAACAGCAGAUCGAGGAGGUUGCAUGUUGUGCCUGCUACUUCUGAAGAUGAUGUGAUGUUAAAUCCGAGAAGAAAUCAAAUAGUAAGAGAAUUAGAGCCAGAGAAAGAAUGAAGAUUGGAUGGAAUCCAGAGCUUGGAUGCUUCAUGACUUUUGAUUUGAUGGUCGAAGGCCAUUUUAUUUAUAAUUCUUGUUGUUUGCUUACAUUAUUGUUAUUAGUAAGUAACUCCCAAUAUCAUUGUCAAAUGAUCAAUUCAGUUUUAUAUAUUCAAUUUGACCAAGUGAAAGGUUUUAUAUGAAAAUCUUUAUUGU